AUGAUUCAGCCCAACAACAUAGAGCAGGUACUGGUGCUAACUCUGUCGAUGCUGACGAUGCAAAAGGCGAUGGCAGAAAACGAAGCCGAAAAUGCCAUAGCCUCUCUCUGCCACGAGGCCAAAUAUCUGCACAAAGUAGCAGAGGAUUUCAAGUCCCUGCUUUCGACAACCGAUAGCGAUGUCUCCCAAGCAGAAAAACUGACGCAGAUAUGGCAACUUAAAGCAGCAGAAGCGACGCAGCUGAAAGAACAAAAUGCAUACGCGGCACUGGUUUUACACGGAAGGCUAAAAAUAGACAAAACCAAGCAAGCACGCGUGAACUACAAACAAACAUUAAGCGGCGUCAGAGAGGGGAUUCUCCAGCGCAUAAGUUAUCUCCAAGGCCGCACACAAGCCUAUACGUCGUUCAAAGUCUCAAAAAGCACAAGAGACGCAACGACCACAAAAUGCAAAGCUAAAACAACGUGGGCAAAACACGGCGACGCACAGUGCGACCCAACAACACUUAGCAACUCGCCACUGGAAAGAAAAACCAUCUCGGCGAUGGCGGCGACCAAGGUAAAAGCAGCUACCGAGGCGGAAAUAGACAUAGAAAUGGGAAACUACGAUCUGGAACUGGAACUGUCAACGGCCCUCAAUUCAGACAGCAACAACAAAUGCCAGACAACUACCACACAAGGCACACUGGAGGCAAUCACGAUGGUAGCAAAAGCAACGGCACCACACUACGGAGGCAAGCUAUUACCGACAAGAAAAACUGACCGGCCAAAGCAGAACUGCGACGCCGAAGAAGAGAAACCACCAAGCAAGCUGCCCACGGCAGACAAGCUAGCAGCCCUGCUGUGCAAAGCAAGAGAGGCAGUCCCACCUCCAAAGAUCGCGCUAGAGUCGACAACGACAGAAACGUUAUUCGGUGACAGCGACUUUUUGUACAUUGCAGCGCAACUUCUAACAACUGAAAUCCCUGCAGGUACACAGCCAGAAGGCACAGAAGCCGACCAAAUCAAGCAACUCAUCAAAAGUACUUACGGCGAUGCUACAACCUUCGGAUCGCGAUACACCACUGGCCUCUACGACAAACAGACGAAAUACAAAAAAGAAACCCAAGAUUCGAAAGGAACUCUAGACAGCAUAGCAACAGGCACUGACCUAGCCCUGGUAAGCAGCUAUUUCAAGGGCAUAGCACUCCGGCUUACUGCAGUUCAAGCAGGACAAGAAAAGCAAAAAAACAAAACGGGGCAAACAGAUGAAACUUGCGAAAAAAAAGGAACAGGAGCUGAAUGCAAAGAUGGUUGUAAAUUGACCGGCGUUGUCGACAAUAAAAAGUGCGUAGUGGAUCCGGAUUUUGUCAAAAAGGAAGUAGAGGGAGUUAAAGCGGAAAAUGAUGGAAAAACAAACACAAACACCACAGGAAGCAAUUCUGUUAUCAUUAAAAAGGCCCCUCUUGUGCUUGCAUUUUUUCUACGAUAA